CUCUCUCUGUCGACUCCUUUCCUGAAGUGGCUGGUCAGCUGUCUGUCGGUUUUCGGUGUUUAAACUUAUUUUCAUUUGCUUACAGUAGGAAGACCUUGAAACAACUAUGUCAUCCAACAAUAUGGCAGACCCGAAGAGGCAAAAUAAAAUCUUAAGGUACAAACCUCCCAGCACAGAGACCAACCCGACACUGGAGGACCCCACACCUGACUACAUGAACCUGCUCGGCAUGAUCUUCAGCAUGUGUGGACUUAUGCUCAAGCUUAAGUGGUGUGCAUGGAUUGCAGUCUACUGCUCAUUCAUCAGCUUUGCAAACUCCCGAAGCUCAGAGGACACCAAACAGAUGAUGAGCAGCUUCAUGCUGUCCAUCUCAGCAGUUGUGAUGUCCUACCUCCAGAACCCACAGCCAAUGUCACCGCCAUGGUAACCAAGGGCCAAUCUCAGGAGAGAGCAGAAGUGAAUUGUGGAUGCAGGAGUGGGUGACAGCACAUCUGAUUGAAUCCCCCCGGCCACCUAUGAGCAUAAACAGAGACGAAGAAGAACAUAAUGUAAUAGAGAGAAAACAGACGAGCAGGAGAGGUAGACAGCAAGGAGAGCUCUACGUCAAGAUAGAAAGAUAAAAUAUCUUGGACUUUUGUUAUAUCUUGGGUUGGUAAAUAUCUUGGGUUCUUUGUUUUUUCUGUUUAUAACCUUUUCUAAGUCUUUUGCUUGUUCAUGAACUGAUGUUGUCAAUAAAGUUGUACGGUUUUAAAAGGA